AAAAAAAUCAAAAUGAUGGUGGUGUGAUGGCUAGUGUAAACACAUGGGAACAAAAAUGAGUCAAUGAAUUCGUAUUCACAGAGAUUGAAUAACAAAUGUCCAUAUUAAAUCGACAAAGCAUAAAAUGGAUAAAAGAGUAAAUAAUCCAACAGAACAAGACAAAGCAGACUUCAACCCUUCAAACCAAUCAAUACAACAUGUAGAAUCUCCACACGAUUUAAAUUAUCACUUACAAAGAUUUAAGCGUUAUUCACACAUUCUAAAGAAUGAAUCCAGUUCAGACAGGGAUAGUCUAGAAAUAUUUCGUUCUGCUGAUUCAUCGAAAUUUCUAGAAAAUGUAGCCAAUAUUAAACCAUCGGUCAGUGGUAGUUGGAUGACUGUAAACUCCAGUCUUGAACAUGUUGAUACAACACAACAAGAAGAAAAUAAAAGUAAUCAAAAUCAAAAUAUUCAUAAUAAUAAUAAUAAUCGCAAAACUACUGAAAGAAGUGAAACAUUCUCUAAACUGAAUGAAGACUCGCCUACUUCUUCCCUACAGUACUACAGUUGUGAUGCCCUCCAGUUGGGUGAACAAACACCCGCUGAUAUUAAUAAAACAGAUACCGGAAACUUUGAAUGUCUUUCAAAAUCAGACAGUAGUGUUCCAAUGAAUCAAACUUCAAGCAGUAAUCAUGAUCAUCAAGAUUAUCGACAACAAAGUCUACAGUUGGAUAGAUCAGGUCAUCCAGAGGGUGAUAGACGUCGAUAUGAAAUUCGUAAACAUUCAAGAUCAUUUCUUAUUUCGAAUAAUCAUCUUAGACGAACAAAUUUUCUAAAGUAUAAAAAUAGUUUUAGAUAUAACAAUAAUAAUAAUAGUAAUAAUAACAAUAAUCGAAUCAAAAGCAACAUUGAAUCUGUAGAGUUAAUUGAAAAAACUCCGUGUACACUGAAACGUACUGCAACUGAGCAUAUAUCAAAUAGGCAUAAAGAUGAGACUUUAAUUAAUCUAUCGGAUAAUACAGGCUCUUCAAUAAUCUGUUCACCGAACGAUAGUAUCAUCAUUCCAGAUAAUGCAGUUAUUAUACGACGUAAAUCAAUCAUUCGAUGUCUACUCCCAAGACAACAGAGUGAUCCGUCUAAAGCAGAUUUACCACCCCAACAACAACAACCACAACAUCACCAACAGCAACAAUCUCAUUAUUCAGAUUCGGAUGGCAAAGAUCAACUCUUCACUACACAAAACAUUAAUACUCAUGAUCUUGGUUCAAAAUUAAGUGAAUAUAGAUUAAGUGAAAAUUUGAAAUCCUCUUUUGAAAAAGAUGAUGAUAUGAAAGCGGAAAAUCUACUUGAACGUGAAGCACAUAUUGGUGCUUUAGCAUUGGCUUGGGCAUCAGGUACGCAUAAAUCAAGAAAAUCUGUAUAUGAUAAACAUUCAACACGGAGAAAAAUGUCUGAAUCUUCACAAAGAAAAAUAAGACGAUAUAAUAAUAAUAAUGCUAGUAAUAAAUCAACUCAUAUCAGUGUGGAUAGCAGUUAUACUGCUAAAACAGAUCUAUCUACAUUGAAAGAACUCAGUGCAUCAAUCUUCUCACCACCUAAGAUAAGUCCAUUACUCAGUUACACUCAUCAUCGGCAUUCUAAGCAUCAAAAAGACAGUCAACACACUGAUAUGCUGAAUCGGCCUUUAAAUGAAAAUGAUCUCUUACAAAGUAAUACAAGUGUAAAAUUCAGUCAUAAAAUUAGCAAAACUAAAGCCGGUUCUAUACAUCAACAAUCAUUGAAGACAAUUAUUAUGGUGAAAAAUAAUAAUAAUAAGGACCAUUCCAAUGAAUUAAUGACAAAUAAAGCCUAUUAUAAUUCAACCGAUUCAAUGCCUGAAAGAUGUCUACAACAUUCAGCAAAACAGAAUGAUAAACGAUUUGUUAGUUUAAAUCAAUUAGAACAAUCCGAUCAUUAUGAUUAUGAAGCACAAAAACAACAACAGCAGCAGACAAAGUCACGCGGGUCACAGCAAAUACAAAGUAAGAAGUCUUCCUUACAAUCAGAACUCGUCUAUGAUACUGAUGACGUACCUGGGAGUGGUGAUGAUGACGUUGAUGAUGAUGAUGAUGAUGAUGCAGGAAGCACUCGACCAAUAGGUAUUCGGGCGAAAAUUCGUCGUAAUGCAGAAGAAUUACGCCCGUUGUACGGAACUGGUGGUCCCCUUGGGUCUGUCCAACCACAAAUGAGUUAUAAAUCACAGAAUCGUGGAAUUGGUUGGCGAUUACAUUGGCGUAAAAUAUUCAAUGAAAGACGAAGAAAACUUGCUGAUUAUUCAUUGUUUUUUGCUGUGAUGGGUAUUCUACUUAUGGUGCUUGAAUUGGAAUUGAUUAUGGCUAAAGUUUAUUUGAAAACGUCUAUUUAUUCUAUGCUAAUGAAGUCAUUAAUUAGUGCAUCUACAAUGAUAUUGGUCGGUCUCACUCUGGUUUAUCAUGCAGUCGAUACUCAACUAUUCUGUAUAAAUAAUUGUAUUGAAGAUUGGAGGAUAGCAAUGAAUUGUAGAAAAGUCUCUUUAACACUUAUUGAAGUAUUCAUCUGUCUUGUACAUCCACCACCAAUUCUAUCCAAUUACAAUAUAUACGCUUACACCAGUCCAUAUCAUCCUUCAUCAACUAUAUGGAGUUUCCGGCAAGCUGAUGAUAUCCUGGUUGAUAAUUCUUAUCCAUCGACUUUGUAUCAUAGUAGACCGAUGACAACACAUAUGUAUAAUACACUAUCACCCUCAUCCUCCUCGUCAUGGGAUAAUUCCACUUAUCGAAUCAAUAAUUUACCUUUUCCUACUGUAUCUAAUACAUUACAUGAUGCUGAUGGCCUUAUUCAAAGUGAUAAACCUGUUCCAGUGGUUAUCUUAGAGAUGACAUUAUCAGUUCCAAUGUUUUUACGCUUAUAUUUAAUAUUUCGUGUAUUACUACUGCAUUCAACAAUGUUUACUGAUGCUGGCUCACGGAGUAUUGGUGCAUUGAAUCGUGUUAAAAUUAAUGUGAGAUUUGUGCUAAAAACACUGGCUACAGUUUGUCCCGGUACUAUGCUAUUAAUAUUUAUUUUAUCUAUGUGGAUUGUAACCAGUUGGAUUAUGCGAGUGUGUGAAAGAGAACAAAAUAAAGAAUAUGAAAAAUUGUUAAAUUCAAUGUGGUUAAUCGCUGUUACAUUUUUAAGUAUCGGUUAUGGUGAUAUGGUGCCGAAUACAAAUUGUGGUCGAGCAAUAUCUGUAUUAGCUGGUGUCAUGGGUUCCGCGUGUACAGCUCUUGUUGUCGCUGUUGUAGCGCGUAAAUUAGAAUUGACAAGAGCUGAGAAACAUGUACACAAUUUUAUGCAAGAUAAUAAAUUUUAUAAAAAUCUAAGACAUUCAGCUGCAAAUGUUCUACGUGAAACUUGGUUAUUUUAUAAGUAUACCAGACUUGUGAAACGUGUUAAACCUGGCAGAGUAAGAAGACAUCAAAGAAAAUUUCUAACAGCUAUAAGUCGGUUAAGAAAGGCGAAAGAUAAUCAAAGGAAAUUGAAAGAAGACGCCAGUUCAAUGGUAGAUUUAGCUAAACUACAAACAAGUAUUUAUGACACUGUGAAUUACAUCCGAGCUGACCAAACAAUUUUUGUACAACGUCUGUUAGCAGUUGAAAAGUGUAUGGCAUCAAUACAGGCUUAUGUGAAUCAAAUGUCGGAUACAUUUACGGGUAUCAUUGAUACACUCGGUACAUGUAGUAGUACUACUGUACCAUUAGAAGAUGAAACUCUGGCUAAAAUCAGUUUAUCGCCACAAUCAACAAAGCCGACACAACAAUCAUCAAGUUCUAAUGAAUCUUUGAAAGAAUAA